AUGUGGCAACGCGCGACGCGCCUGCGGCUCAGUGAAAGUUUCGGGCCAUCAACCACCGACUCCAAUCACACGUUUCCUGACCUCGCCGCAACUAUGGAUGACGAUCUGUAUGACGAAUUUGGCAACUUCAUCGGAGAGGAGGCCGAGUCGGAAGAGGAGUCCGAUCAUGGAGCCAAUGCGGGCGUCUACGCCUACGACGAAUAUGUUGACGAGGCGCCUGAGGAGCCCGCUGAGGAGCAGAUGGACAUUGAUGAGGAGCCUCCUUCCAAUGCCGUUAUCCUCCAUGAAGACAAGCAAUACUACCCGACAGCCGCCCAGGUGUUCGGCGAGGGUGUCGAAACGUUGGUCCAGGAGGAGGAUGCGCAGCCAUUGACGCAACCCAUCAUUGCGCCCGUGGAGCAAAAGAAGUUCAGUAUCCAAGAAGCCGAUCUACCACCUGUAUAUUUCGACCGCGGCUUCAUGACCGAUCUGAUGAACUUCCCCGAGCAGAUCCGCAAUAUUGCGCUGGCUGGCCACCUGCACCACGGCAAAACCGCCUUCAUGGACAUGCUUGUGUUGGAGACGCACGCUAUUCAAGAACGCUUGGACAAGCGGACAGGAAAGAAGCGUGAUGAGCAGCUGCGGUACACCGACGUCCAUGUGAUAGAGCGCGACCGGGGCCUGUCGAUCAAGGCCGCUCCUAUGAGUUUAGUUCUGUCCAGCACAAAGGGAAAAUCGCAUCUAUUCAACAUUAUCGAUACCCCUGGACAUGUGGAUUUUGUCGAUGAAGUCGCUGCAGCUUUCCGUCUUGUAGACGGUGUCUGCCUUGUUGUUGAUGUAGUGGAAGGUGUCCAGGUCAACACAGAGCAGAUUAUCAAGCACGCCGUUCUCGAGGAUAUUCCUCUCACCCUGAUUAUCAACAAAAUGGAUCGAUUGAUUCUUGAGCUUAAGAUUCCUCCUACGGAUGCUUACUUCAAACUCAAACAUGUCAUAGAAGAAGUCAACACUGUCAUUGAGAACACGAUUCCUGGUCGGGGAGAGAGCAAAAGGUUAAGCCCGGAGAAGGGCAACGUGCUUUUCGCGUGCACUUCUAUGGGAUGGUGCUUCACUCUCCAAUCAUUUGCUAAGAUGUAUUCGGAAAGUUAUGGCGGCGUCAAUGUGGAAGAAUUUGCGCGCAGGCUCUGGGGCGAUGUCUACUUCAACCCCAAGAAGCGUACCUUCACAAGGAAACCGAUUGAAGAGGGAGCGAAGAGAUCAUUUGUUAAUUUCGUCAUGGAGCCCAUCUACAAGCUCUACUCCCACACCAUCAGCGAAGGCCCAGAAGAUUUGAAGAGGACCCUGAGCAAGCUGGGAAUUUUCUUGAAGCCAUCCCAGUACAAGGCUGACCCCAAGGUUCUCAUGAAGUUGGUUUGCGAGCAAUUCUUUGGGCCAUCAACGGCCUUUGUGGAUAUGGUUAUCAAGCAUAUUCCCUCACCUCUCGAAGCUGCGGAAAAGAAGCUCGAGAGAUAUUACACUGGGCCUCUUGACACCAAGAUUGCGGAGUCUAUGAAAAAUUGCGACCAGAACGGGCCCCUAGUGGUCCAUGUGACCAAGCUCUUCAACACCAUUGACGCAAAGAGCUUUUACGCCUUCGGCCGAGUGAUGAGUGGCAUUGCCCGGCCGGGCGCAGAUGUCCGGGUGCUUGGAGAGGGCUAUACUCUUGACGAUGAGGAAGACAUGGUGGUCAGCAGAAUCUCCGAUGUCUUCAUCGCUGAGACAAGGUACAACAUUCCAACUGACGGCGUGCCAGCCGGCAAUUUUGUUCUUCUUGGGGGUGUUGACAACUCCAUUGUCAAGACCGCAACUAUUGUCGACAAGAAGUUCGACAACGGCGAGGAUGCCUAUGUGUUCAAGCCACUGUCGCACUUUACUGAAUCCGUCCUCAAGGUAGCUGUUGAGCCCAUUAACCCUAGCGAGCUGCCGAAGAUGCUCGAUGGUAUCAGGAAAAUCAACAAGAGCUAUCCUUUGAUUACCACAAAAGUGGAAGAGUCAGGAGAGCAUAUCAUCCUGGGCACUGGUGAGCUAUACAUGGACUGUGUCUUGCACGACCUGCGCAAGCUCUACGCCGACAUGGAAGUCCGGGUCUCAGACCCUGUUGUCCGGUUCUGUGAGACGGUGCAGGACAUGUCGGCCACCAAGUGCUAUGCUAUUACACCCAAUAAGAAAAACACUAUUACCAUGGCAGCAGAGCCCUUGGAUGAUGGUAUUGCCCAGGACAUCGAGUCUGGGGCUGUCAAGAUCAAGGAUCCUCCGCGGAAGGUAGCCAAGUUCUUUGAGGAAAAGUAUGGGUGGGAUAAGCUCGCUGCCAGGAGCAUUUGGGCAUUUGGGCCGGAUGAGAUGGGCCCAAACAUCCUGCAGGAUGAUACACUACCUACAGAAGUCGACAAGAAGCGGUUAGCAACAGUUAAGGAAUCUAUCCGCCAGGGCUUCGCCUGGGCAACCAGAGAGGGCCCGUUGUGCGAAGAACCUAUCCGCAACACUAAGUUCCGCCUCAUCGAUGUCUCCCUUGCCCAGGAAGCCAUUUUCCGUGUCUCCAUGACUGGCCCCCAGUCGUCGGUCAGCAUGGUCUACAACAUUCUUUCUCGCCGUCGCGGCCACGUGCUGUCUGAUGGCCCCAUUGCGGGCACGCCGUUGUAUCGGGUCAACGGUCUUAUUCCCGUCAUUGACUCGUUUGGCUUUGAGACUGAUCUGCGCAUCAACACACCCGGCCAGGCCAUGGUCAGCCUGGUGUUUGACCGCUGGAGCAUCGUCCCUGGUGAUCCUCUAGACCGAGAGCAGGUCACUCGGCCGCUACAGAUGGCUACAGCUCAGGCGACGGCGAGAGACUUCGUGCUGAAAACUAGAAGGAGAAAGGGUCUGAGUGAGGAUGUGACCGUGGCAAAGUUUCUUGAGCCGGAGUUCUAUCAGAGCUUGUUGGAGAGCGGGACGUUGGGUGAACCUUAA